UCUGUAAUCUCUAACCAGUAAACGUGAAAGAGAGAAAAAAUUGCAACAACAAAAAAAGUGAACUCAACAACACAUUUCAGCUCAGCCCACCCCACCCUUCAACAAAAAGAAAACACAACCCUUUAUUAUUUUGCUUUUUAUUUUUGGUGUUCUUACAGAAAAGGGUAGAGAGCGUGGGAGAAUAUAGAUCCAAAUAUCUCCGAAUUUUUGGAGAGAGAAAGUGAGUCAAUCACAGCCAUUCUACUCAUUUUAUUACCAACUCCCACCAACUGAGUAGUAACCUGGAAUUUUCAGGAUUAUUACUCAGGUUUAUUUUUGAAUAUUUCUGCAGUCUUUGUGCUUUUCCUCAGAUUUGAGGUAUGUGAUUAACUUUCUGUUGAAUCUGAUGAAAGUUUGGUAAAUUUGGAGGAAAUUGUUGCUAUUUAGUCAUUAAAGGCAAAAUUGGUUGUGGGGUUGUUCAGAUUUAGCAGUUUGAUUAGGUUUUGGUUCAGAUUUGACAUUUUAUUGAGAUUUGUGGUAACAAGUUUGAUAACUCUGGAAAUUUAUUGCUGAGUGUAAUCAAAGAAAGUGCUUGAUAUUUGAAAGAAUAGAUUUUGAUUGACUUCUCUGAGUUCAGUUUGUUGGAUUGCUGCUUGGAAAUGGAGGAAUCAGUAGUUUAGGUGGAUUUAAUACGCUGUUGGAGGGAAGGGGGAUUUGUGUACACUGAUAAUCAAUGGAAGAUUUAUCCAAAUAUGCACAUAGCCCAGCUCACCAUGCUGUUCUGUGCCGAGAUUAUGCGGGUUUAAAGCGUUUAAUUUCAUCUCUACCUAGACUAGCUAAGGCUGGGGAAGUUAGUAACGAGGAUGAGUCUAUUGCUGCAGAGAUUCAGGCUGAUGAGCUUUCAGCUGCCAUUGAUCGGCGUGAUGUUCCUGGACGGGAGACUCCACUGCAUCUUGCAGUGCGUUUGAGAGAUCCUAUAUCGGCAGAAAUUUUGAUGGCUGCUGGUGCUGACUGGAGUCUACAGAAUGAGAAUGGAUGGAAUGCUCUCCAGGAAGCUGUUUGCACAAGAGAGGAGCAAAUUGCUAUGAUAAUUGCAAGGCACUACCAGCCACUAGCUUGGGCUAAAUGGUGCCGUAGGCUUCCCCGAAUUGUUGGUUCAGCAUCUAGGAUUCGUGAUUUCUACAUGGAAAUAUCAUUCCAUUUUGAGAGUUCUGUCAUUCCUUUUAUUGGUCGGAUUGCCCCCUCAGAUACGUACCGCAUUUGGAAACGUGGGUCUAAUCUUCGUGCUGACAUGACUCUUGCUGGCUUUGAUGGGUUCCGUAUUCAACGGUCUGACCAGACAUUUUUAUUCCUUGGAGAUGGCUACUCUUCAGAGGAUGGGAAGGUGUCUUUACCUUCAGGCUCAUUAAUUGUCCUUUCUCAUAAGGAGAGAGAAAUCACCAAUGCAUUGGAAGGAGCUGGUGCUCAACCCACAGAAUCUGAAGUUGCACAUGAAGUAACUUUGAUGUCUCAAACUAACACAUAUAGACCAGGCAUCGAUGUCACACAGGCUGAACUUGUUCCUCAAUUAAACUGGAGGCGACAGGAGAGAACUGAGAUGGUUGGAAGUUGGAAGGGUAAAGUGUAUGAUAUGCUUCAUGUGAUGGUGAGUGUGAAGUCAAGAAGAGUUCCUGGUGCUAUGACAGAUGAGGAGCUUUUUGCUGCAGACCCUGAAGAUAAGCUCGCUAAUGGGGUUGAGCAUGAUGAUUUUGAUGACAUAUUAACUGUUGAAGAAAGAAAACAGCUAGAUUCUGCUCUUGGUAUGGGAAACUCCGAGGGUAUUGGUGAAGAUGAUGAUCUUGGUGAUGCUGACUGCCGCGAAAGUGGAUUGGGAGCUGCUUUUGAAAAUGGCGGGUCAAAUGGUAAUGUUAAAGAUAAGAAAAGCUGGUUUGCCUGGAACAAGAAGAAUUCCAAAAGUGCAACUGAUGAUGUUGAGGAUGCAAAGACACUGAAGAAAUUGUCAAAGUUUGUUCCUGAAGGGGGUAGCCAGAAAUGUGUUGAUUCUCAAAAGGACGAAGAUGGUGAUCCAAAGAAGGGAAAAGAUAAAAAUAGCAAGAAGAAAAAGAAGAAAGGGCCUACCAGCGAGUCUAAGCAUGAGAGUGAAUACAAGAAGGGUUUGAGGCCUGUUUUGUGGUUAACACCAGAUUUUCCUUUGACAACCGAGGAACUUUUGCCGUUGUUAGAUAUAUUGGCAAAUAAGGUUAAGGCUGUUAGAAGACUUCGAGAGCUUUUAACCACUAAGCUGCCUUCUGGGACAUUCCCUGUCAAGGUUGCUAUCCCAAUUGUACCAACAAUUAGAGUAGUUGUGACAUUCACAAAAUUCGAGGAACUUCAGCCGAUAGAAGAGUUCUCAACACCUCUUUCUAGUCCAGCUCAUUUUCAAGACUCAAAAUCGAAAGAUUCAGAGGGGUCAAGCUCAUGGAUCUCAUGGAUGCGAGGAAGUCGUGGGGGGCAAUCAAGUGACGGUGAGAGCGUAAGUCAUCGAUAUAGAGAUGACGUGGAUCCUUUUAGUAUACCACCGGACUACAACUGGGUUGAUGCAAAUGAGAAGAAACGUCGAAUGAAAGCUAGGAAAGCUAAGAGCAAGAAAAACCGCAGACCAACAAUGGCACCUAAAAAUGGGGAUAUUGGACAUCAGUUGAGCGAGGAAGUAGAGUAGUCUCAUCUGAUCAAGUAAAUGAUGUCUAUAUUAAGUGAAGAGAGUCCCGUAACCCGUUGGAGGUAAAGGUAAAAAUCUCACACUAUGGUCCCCCAAAACCUUGAUACAGGUGGUGAUAAGCCUUGAAGCUGUGAGAGAGAGGCUGAAGGGCAAUACUUGUUGACCCAGAAUAGCAGCACUUGUGAUGCUGCCGUGUUGUAUUGUUACGUGAUUGUGAAGUAGAAGCUACCCAUGUUUUUUGAUAGCUUAAUUUCUCUUUGUUCUAGCUCCCUUAGGCCUUAGACCAGUAUUGUACUAUUGUGUAUCUAUUUGUUAUUUUAUCUGAUUCACAAAUUAUUUGUAACUUUCUGUUUUCAUGUAUGUUGAUCCAUGUUCAAA